AAACUUUGGACUUUCAGCAGGAAGACUUCAGGAUAAUCCUCAUGGAGAUCCUUCGUCAUCUCAGUCUGAUGGAUCUGUACAGAUUCUUCAGGUUGCUGCAGUUAACCUGCUUCCACAGGAGCAUCCCAGGAAUCCAGGUGGAUACUCUGGAUAUGAUGGACGAGCUAAACCAACAGGUCCGUCUGAUAGUGGACAGACUUGGCCAGAAAUCUUUGGCUGUGGUCAGAGAGGUUUUCAUCGACAUGGACAGAAGAGAUUUGGUGGAAAAACUGCCAAAAACAAGCCUGAAAUCAGAAGAUUUCGCUUCACGCCUCCCAUCAGAAACCAAUGAAGCAGAUGUCAGGAAACUUCUGGAAGUGUUCAUGGAUCUCAGCGACACGCAGCUGGAAGUUUUCAGGAGGAUUCUCCAGCGGCGGGUCUGGAAAAGAGACUUCAAGUUACUCCUCAGACACCAGGAUGAGAUGACAGAGAGACUGAACCUCGCGGAGGUGAUGGUGCAGCUGCUGCAAAAACAAAGCUUACAGGUUGCCAUGGAGAUUUUACAGGAGAUAAACAGGACUGAUCUCCAGCAGAAGUUGUCCUCCAGCAGCUCUGCACCUGAAAAAUCUCCGUCUGAACCUCCAGAGAAAAGUGGAAAUGUUGAGCAGGAAGAAGCCAGCGGAUGGACGAAAGCUGAACCGACAAUCACAAAUGAGGAGGAGGUUCCAACCUACAACUUCUCAUCUGCGGCGGGACAGUUUGAAUGCAGCGUUUCUGCUCUGCGAUGGGUCUGCAAGGACAAAGUAGGCUUUAAGUUCCAGUUCUGCUCCUGGCAGGGAAACAUGGAGAGGAUGAAAACCACAGGAUUCACACCUGCAGGUCCUUUACUCAACAUCACCGUCAUUUCUGGGAAGAUAAAUGAGGUUUUCCUGCCUCACUGGAUCUGUAUCGAUGAAAUUCCCAACUUGUCAGAGAACUUUUCUGUCCUGCACAUGAAUGACUGCGGAGAUGUUUUGGAGAAAGUAUCUACUGUCACAGCAACGCAUGUCGGGCUAAUGGAUCCAGUUUUCUCUACUGUGGCAGCUCUGAUAUAUUCCAUAUUUGGAUCUAAAGUUAACACCAAAUUGUUGAUUUAUUAUCAGCCCCUCCAGCCGUUCCUCAAACUCUGUGUCUACCUGAUCCCAAAUGAUCCUGCUCUUCAACAGUCGGUGGAUAAGGAAGAAUCAUCAUCUGGCUUUGAAUUGAUCAAAAAGCCUCGACCUGAGCGGUCCCUAAAGAUGCAGAAGAAAUUUACUCUUAAAGCUUCUUUAGAAACAGCUGAGAUCAACCACAGAAAUUAACCUUCAGAUAUGACGGCUCAGUCCCAAACUUCUACGAGGUGUAUAUCGGAAACCCAAACAGGACCUUUGAUCUUACCCUGCUGUAUGCUGAAUCAGAAAACAAGGAACAAAUUCUAGACCCAGUUUGGACGUGCCAGAUUCGAA